AUGUCGGAUGAAAUAGCCAAAGCUCAAACGGCACAACCUACUGAAGAUACAAUCUUCGGUAAAAUUGCACGUAAAGAAAUCAAAGUUGAUUUACUUCAUGACGAUGAUCAAUGUGUUGCAUUUCAUGAUAUAAGUAAACAAGCACCAACACAUAUUUUGAUUAUACCAAAAGAACCUAUUAAACAAUUAUCAGAAUGCACUGUAGCACAAGAACCUUUACUCGGCCAUUUAUUAUUUGUUGCUGCUCAAGUCGCUAAAAAGCAGGGCCUCAAUGAAGAUGGAUAUCGUUUAGUCAUAAACAAUGGACGAGAUGGUGGUCAAAGUGUUUAUCAUCUGCACAUACAUGUGCUUGGUGGACGACAACUUGGGUGGCCACCUGGCUAA